AAGAAAUUAUGCCAAAAGACUUGUUUUUAGCUGGGGAGUUGAAUCUUGAAAAAUUCGUCAUUAACAUUGGUUGCCAACGUGACGGAAGAUAUAUUUAUGAAAACAACACCAGCUUCAUUGGAAUCAAGAUGGAAUCAGGAAGUUGCUUGGAUGAUUGGAUAAAAAUUUUGUUAAAAAGAUCAGAAGAAGUGCAUUUGAAAGGAUCAAUUUGUUCAAAGAUUCUUCACUCAGAAUUGGUAGAUGCAAAUGACUUCGUACAUCUGAAGUAUCUCUACCUUUAUGAUGAUUCAAAAUUUCAACAUUUUAUCCAUGAAAAGAAUAAGCCUUUGCGAAAAUGCUUAUCCAAAUUGGAGUACUUAAAUCUGAAUAACUUGGGGAAUUUGGAGAGUGUAAUUCAUGGUUAUCAUGGCGAAUCUCCUUUGAACAAUUUGAAGAAUGUAAUCAUAUCGAAUUGCAAUAAAUUGAAAACUCUCUUUUUCAACUACAACUUGGAUGACAUUUUGAAUCUUGAGCAACUUGAAGUUAAUGUUUGUGAGAAGAUGGAAGUGAUGAUCACUGUGAAGGAAAACGAGGAGGCAACCAAUCACAUUGAGUUUACUCAUUUAAAGUCUUUAUCUCUACGGUAUUUAUCACGACUUCAGAAAUUUUGCUCUAAGAUUGAGAAAUUUGGACAAUUAAGUGAGGAUAAUUCAACAAACCCGAGAAUAAGCACAGAUAGCAAUACCACCAACAUUGGUGAAUCAUUUUUCAGUGAAGAGGUAUCGCUUCCUAAUUUGGAGAAGUUGAAAAUUAGGAGCGCAACGAAUUUGAAGAUGAUAUGGAGCAAUAAUGUACUGGUUCCUAAUUCCUUUUCCAAACUGAAGGAAAUAAACAUUUAUUCAUGCAACAAUCUUCAAAAAGUAUUAUUUUCUUCAAAUAUGAUGAACAUUCUUACCUGCCUUAAAAUCUUAAUAAUCGAAGAUUGUAAAUUGUUGGAAGGAAUAUUUGAAGUGCAAGAGCCAAUUAAUAUUGUUGAAGCAAGUCCCAUCGUGCUCCAAAAUUUGAAUGAGUUGAAAUUAUAUAAUCUUCCAAACCUUGAAUAUGUGUGGAGCAAAAAUCCUAGUGAGCUUCUGAGUUUGGAAAAUAUAAAAAGUUUGACUAUUGAUGAAUGUCCAAGACUUAGAAGAGAAUAUUCAGUCAAAAUUCUCAAGCAACUUGAAGCACUAAGCAUUGAUAUCAAACAAUUUGUGGAGGUUAUAUGGAAGAAAAAGUCGGCAGAUUAUGAUAGGUUGGAAUCAAAGCAAUUGGAAACUUCUUCUUCCAAGGUGGGAGAUAGUUCUAAAUUGUUGCCGAAUCUUAAAAAAUUGAAGCUAUAUGGUUUUGUUGAGUAUAACUCAACUCAUUUGCCAAUGGAAAUGUUAGAAAUCUUAUACCAACUUGAAGACUUUGAAUUGGAAGGAGCAUUUAUUGAAGAAAUUUUUCCCAGCAACAUACUGAUUCCAAGCUAUAUGGUUUUACGGAGAUUUGCUCUAUCUAAACUACCCAAGCUUAAGCAUUUGUGGGAUGAAGAAUUCUCACAAAACAAUAUUACCUCAGUUCUUCAAGAUUUGCUUAUUCUAAGCAUUUCAGAAUGUGGAAGAUUGAGUAGUUUAGUGCCAUCAUUAGUGUGUUUUACAAACUUGGUAGUUUUUGAUGUGAUAAAGUGUGAUGGACUAACCCAUUUGCUGAAUCCUUUGGUGGCUACAAAACUUGUGCAUCUUGAACAUUUGAGAAUAGAAGAAUGUAAAAGGAUGAGUAGUGUAAUUGAGAGAGGAUCAGCUGAAGAAGAUGGAAAUGAUGAAAUUAUCGUAUUCAACAGCCUACAACUUUUAAUCAUUACUUCUUGUUCCAACCUAACAAGCUUUUAUCGUGGGGGAUGCAUUAUUAAAUUUCCAUGUUUGGAAGAAGUAUACAUUCAAAAGUGUCCUGAAAUGAAGGUCUUUUCGUUUGGAAUCGUAAGCACACCUCGUUUAAAAUAUGAAAAUAUUUGUUUAAAGAAUGAUGACGACGACGACGGCGACGACGACGAUGAUACAUUGCAUCACCCAAAAGAAUCCAAAGAGAUGAUGGUGGAAACUGAUAUGAAUAUCAUCAUUAGAAAAUAUUGGGAGGACAAUAUCGAUACCAGAAUUCCAAAUUUGUUUGAAGAACAGAAUUUGGAGGAAAGCCAAUUUGAACAUUCUUCUUCUUCGGAUAAAGUAGAGGAUCAAUAAGGAAUUAUAUUGAAAUUCUUAUGCACUACACUUUAUAUCAUUUCAUCCCCAAGGAAGAUCGUCUCCAAAAAAAAAAAACUCGCAAAAAAAUUGGUGCAUUCUUUGCAAAGAAGCCGAUAAAGACAUAAACCACCUGUUCAUCUCCUGUCCAUCUGCCCAAAAAAUAUGGGAUAAAGGGGAAGACUUAACCAAAUGGGAAAUCGACUUCUAGGAAGCAGUCCCCCUUUUGCAAAAACAUUUGCAUUCUUUACAGAAAAAGAGAGGAAAAAAAGCAAUAUUCUUCAAUUUGGUGGAUGUUUCUCUUUGGCUUAUUUGGCUAGAAAGCAACAAUAGAAUUUUCAAGAAGAAGGAAAACACACUCACUGAAAUAUGGGAAGAUGUUAAAGCUCUCACUGGCCUUUGGACGAGUGGAUCCAAUCUCUUCAGAGACUAUUUUAGUAGUUCCAUUGCUCUUAAUAUUUCUUUCUGCUUUCAUUUAAUAUGUUUUGACUGUGGGUUUCAUUAGGCUUUCUUCUAGGCCCUUGUUUUGGGAUUCCUUUCUUGGUUUCUAUACUUAUUGUUUUAUAUUUAAUGAAGCGGGAAUGAUGAGUGUGCUAAAAAGGUUUCCACCUACUGGAAAUGUCUUGGUGCAUCUGUUGACUCAUCUCAUAUCUUUUUCAAAAAAAAAAAAAAAUACUUUAUACAAAAAAGGCUCAGUUUAAUUUAGUUUUUCUCUUUCAAAUUAAAAUUAACAAAUGUGAUAGACUGAUCCAUUUACGUAUGUCUUUGACAAACCUUUGUGUAACCUCUGAAAAGUUAUUGCAAUUGUAACUCUCCAGCCCUGUUUUCUGUAACACCAUUAUAAUAUUAAUAUAUUAGGGACUCGAUGUGUACCAUCUCUUGUAGAUGGACCAACACAUUGAUCCAUGUGUUUCUUGCUCAGAAAAAAAAAAACAACUGAUCAUCAAGGUUCAGAUUAUGUUGAUGUCUCACACAAUGGGCUUUGCCAGAACCUAG